AUGGUACGGUUGCCUCAAAUGGCCCACUCGCACUAUGCUUUAAUUGCCUUUUCGCUGGUUGCAGUGCUUAGUCCGACAACGUGCUCUUAUCAGUCCUGGCUUAGAUUGACCAAGAGAGUAGAAGGCGAAGCUAUUUCGAGUCCAUUGCAGAAUUUAUUCGAACUGUCCUCCGAGGCUAGGUUUCGAGAAAACCUCAAUGCCAGCUACCAUGAAAUUAAAGCCACUCUUCCGCAACCCUUUCACGACAUCCUCGAUAUUCCACCGGAAGAGCGCCAUCUACCGGACGGAAUGACCAUCUAUGAUAUCUUGGAGAUGCCAGCGAUGACUGAAGAGAACAUGAGACGGAUUGCGUUCUCACGUGAAUUGCCAACUCAUGUUCCAAACAUCAGCGAAGAGAGCAUCAUCAGAGUUACUGAGGAGCAGCGUUUUCUGAAGGUCAUUAAGAGACAAGACAGCGAUUACGUCAGAGCAUGUGCAGCCAGUAGCGGCUGGGUCCAAGUAAGCGAUGGUAUCACGGUUGACAAUCAAUUCGUUGAAGUCAGUAGCGGACAGUUCUUUUUUCAAACGACUUGCCUGGAUAGCGGCGGCGCUUGUUACGGAUAUCCUACGCCUUCUACCGCUACGGAAGACCGUCUUUCCAAGUGCACCACCCUGAAGUCGUGGGUAAUAGCCUGGGCAAAGGUUAGAGGUGAAACGAAGUUUGGAUGGACUCACAUCGCCCUUGCAACUUGCUGCGCAUGCGCCGUCAAAGGCAGGCCUGGGGAUGGUAUGGUGCGAACGUCUGGAGGGGUGUAGUUUUAGUUCUUGGGGUUUUUUUUUGGGGGGG